AUGAAGAGAUACGCCAUGAUCGGCCUUGGAGGCCGCAGUUCCUUCUUUUAUACUGCCCUGGCAAAAGACUUUGUCAAAACCUCCUUGAUCGUUGGAUUCUGCGACACAAACCAGACUCGAAUGAACGUUGCAAAUGAUCAUCUCGCCAAAUUGUCAUACGCAAGUGCUCCGAUUCCAACAUAUAAGGCCGUGGAUUUCGACAAGAUGAUUGAGGAUACGAAGCCAGACGAGGUGAUUAUCACAACAAUGGAUCGUACCCAUGACAUUUAUAUCAUAAGAGCGCUGGAGCUGGGGUGUAAUGUAAUCACAGAGAAGCCCAUGACAAUUGAUGAAGUGAGGUGUAAAGCCAUCAUUGAUGCUGUGGAAAGAACUGGAAAGAAAGUUCGCGUGACUUUCAACUACCGUUACGCACCUCAUAAUACCAAGGUAUUCGAGUUAUUGGGCGAAGGAGCGAUUGGACAAGUAAACUCUAUCCACUUCGAAUGGGCACUCAACACGAGCCACGGCGCAGAUUACUUUAGACGUUGGCAUCGAGACAAACGCAAUGCUGGAGGUCUCCUCGUCCACAAGUCCACCCACCAUUUCGAUUUGAUAAACUUUUGGCUUAGGUCAUCCCCGGUUUCGGUCGUUGCCCAAGGUGGUCUGAUGUUCUAUGGACGAGAGAACGCUGAGAAGAGAGGCGUCACUGAGUUCUACACCCGCGCUCAUGGUAGCGAAGUUGCAAAGAAGGAUCCUUUUGCUCUACAUCUGGAAGAACACGAACAGUUGAGAAAGAUGUAUCUCGAAGCUGAACACGAGGACUCGUAUUAUCGAGAUCAAAGUGUUUUUGGUGAUGGAAUCAGUAUCGAAGAUACGAUGGGUGUGUUGGUGAAAUACGGCAAUGGUGCCAUUUUGACAUAUAGUUUAAUCGCCUAUUCGCCUUGGGAAGGUUUCCGAGCUGUUUUUAACGGUACCAAAGGACGACUGGAAUUAGAUGUUGUGGAAAUGAGCUAUGUCAACAGUGGAGGAGAACAAGGUGCUGAAGGUGCCCUAGAGAAAUGUAGCAUCACGCUGCGACCACUCUUUGAGAAACCUCGAGAGAUCGAGGUUCAAGGGGGUCUUGGAGGCCACGGCGGAGGAGAUCCAGUCCUCUUGAAUGAUUUGUUUGGGGAGAAUGUAGAAGAAGAUCGAUUCGGCAGAGCCGCAGACCAUAUUGAUGGAGCAAGGAGUAUUUUAACUGGAAUUGCUGCAAACAAAUCGUUGAGGACAGAAGGCGUCGUUUGGGUGAAGGACAUUUUAGAUUUGAAGAACUAA